ACGCAGGCUCGCUGCAGCCUCUGCAGCCACUCAAAAUCGCCCUGCUUUCUCGCACCCAAUUUGAAGCUUCUACAUGGAACACCUCAACCUAGGGCUCGCAGCAGCAGGAGAAGAAGACAAGCCGCGGUAGCCAUCGAGAUCAGCCGGGAGAGAAAAAUCAAGGGGCUACGAACGAGAGCAGGAAGCCAUGGCCUUCCUCCUCCCCAAGCUCACCACGCCGCCCUGCAGAUCGCCGCCGCCCAAAAUCGGCCUGCCGAGCCACGGCGCCGGCGGCAGGCUCCACUGCUCCGGCCCGGCGCAGGCCGCCGCGCCGGCCCACCUCAACCUCCCGCUCCUCCUCAGCGCCUCGCAGCAAGAGGCCCCCGCGGCCAAGUCCGCGGAGACCAGGAACCGGGCUGCGAGCGGCGGCGGCGGCGGCGGCGGGGACCCGCGAAGGUCGGAUUUUUACCUCAACCUUGGGGCGGCGGUGCGCGCGCUGCGGGACGACCUGCCGGCCGUGUUUCUCCGGGAGCCCAACUACGACAUCUACCGCGAAGACAUCACAUUUGUUGAUCCGUUGAACACUUUCCAUGGGAUCGACAACUACAAAACAAUCUUCUGGGCUCUCAGAUUCCACGGUCGUCUACUAUUCAGUGAAAUUGGGCUUGAUGUGUCACGCAUUUGGCAACUAACAGAAACCUCGAUAGUUGUCCGGUGGGAACUGUGGGGCACACCCCGUGUCCCGUGGGAAUCAUAUGGCUGCUUCAGUGGCACAUCCAGGUACAAAGUCGACAGGAACGGGAAAAUUUACGAGCAUAAAGUCGACAACUUGGCAUUGGACUUCCCCCGGCCGGCUGUCAAAGUGGGCAGCAUUACUAACUUAGUAGUUGCUGCAUACCCACCGAGCCCCAAUCCAACUUUCUGGGAUGUGGUUGGCACGGGCGAUGGAUGCUCAUGGACAAAGCUUUACCAAGCGGUGCUGGAGACAGUAGAGCGGGAAGGUGACAUUCCCGCGGGCGUUUGCAUGGAAGCUGAAGCUCUUCUGAGUUGGAAGGCUAGCUUGGACGGCGCCGACGAGUCCCUAAGCUCAUGGUCAUUGGCCAACUCCAGCGGCGUCUGCCACUGGAUGCACAUCAGUUGCAACUCUGCCAGGAGCACCAUCGUCAACCUCAACAUCAGCGGUGCGAGUCUGAAUGGCACACUUGACAAGUUCGACUUCUCGGCUUUCCCCAACCUGAACAAGCUCAUCCUAUUUCAGAACGGUCUGCAUGGCAACAUUCCAGAAGGGAUCGGCGACCUGACAAGCCUGGCGCGGUUGCGGAUCAGCAGCAACUGGUAUGUAACUGGUACAAUUCCCCGUGGCAUUGGCCGGCUGAAGCAGCUCACUGAACUGCAACUGGGAGGUUUGGGUCUUGAUGGUGCGACGCUACCUGAAGAGAUUGGUAACUUGACAAGCUUGACGAAGAUUGCGCUCUACUCAAUCAAUUUGACUGGAUCAAUCCCGUUAACAUUCGGGAGACUGAAGAAGCUCCGGUUGCUGAACCUGAGAAACAACAGUCUGACAGGGCGCAUCCCGCUGGAGAUUGGUAACAUGACAGAAUUACAUCGCAUGGACCUGACGCGGAACUAUUUACAUGGCCAGAUACCAGGUACAUUCUCUCGUUUGGUAAAGCUAAAUGGCUUGUUGCUGUCAGAAAAUCAGCUCGGAGGCGACGUCAUCCUUGAGCUAGGGAAUAGCAGCAGGCUGUCUUAUAUCAACAUCGCAAAAAAUAGCUUCUCUGGGGUCUUCCCGCCGUCCAUUUGCGCGGGAGGGGCACUGGUUACGGUCCUUGCUGCAUACAAUGGAUUUACAAGCCUUCGCAGCCUGACCUUUCAGAACUGCACGACCCUGGAGCACAUUGACUUCACAGAAAACAAAAUUGUUGCAGACCUAAUGGCUUGUUUUGGCAAGCCUCCAGAACAACUUCGAGGGUUAACUGUCAGUAAUAACCAUCUGUAUGGCACACUUCUGACAGAUGAUGGUGAGGUAUUCCUCUGCAACUCUACUAGGUUAUCACUUCUGGACCUAUCAAAUAAUGCCUUAAAUGGAGACCUCUCCAACUCCAAGUGUUUAUGGAACAUGCGGCAUUUGGAAUUCAUGGAUUUGUCCAGUAACUCGCUCAGUGGUGUAGUUCCGUUCUUGGCGACGCCUAACCGGAAUCUUCAGUCUCUACACCUAGCGAAUAACCAUUUCAGUGGAGCCUUUCCUUUGGUUCUUAAGAAAAGCAAGAGACUUAUCACUCUAGAUCUGGGAGGCAAUAAUUUCUCAGGUGGAAUACCUUCUUGGAUAAGCAAGAGCUUGCCUGAACUAAGAUUUCUUUUACUGUCAUCAAACAUGUUUGAUGGCAUCAUACCAUCACAGAUAUUACAAUUUCGUCAACUCCAGAUAUUGGACCUGUCAAAAAACAAGUUCACUGGACGGAUUCCAUCCAAUUUUGGUAACUUUACUGGCAUGAUCCAAGAACAGAAAAAUGGGAACGGCACAUACUGCUACCUGCCAGCAGAGCAGCUUCGUAUAGUCCUGAAGAAUGAGGGUUAUCUUUACAACUUCACGAUAUCGUUCAUAGUGGGUAUGGACUUAUCUAGCAACUUCCUUUCACAAGAGAUCCCAAAAGGGCUCACAUCACUUGUUGGACUCAGGUACCUAAACUUGUCAAGAAACCAUCUCUCAGGUGGUAUUCCUGGAGACGUUGGCAAUCUGGCAUUGCUAGAAUCCUUGGACCUUUCAGAAAACCAACUCUCAGGGGAAAUUCCUCCAAGCCUUGCAGAUUUGAAGGCCCUCGGCACUCUGAACCUCUCGACCAACGGUUUAUCGGGGAGGAUACCUACAGGCAGCCAGCUGCAGACAUUCCCAGAUCCUUCAAUAUACAGCAAUAAUCCAGGGCUGUGCGGUUUCCCGCUGCAGGACUGUGUAAACCCAUCUGCAUCAAACCAAAAUCAAAUGAGCCAGGACGAAGAUAUGGAGACACUCUGGUUGUACUGCUUUGUGGUAGCAGGAGUCAUCUUUGGGUUUUGGCUAUACUGGGGCGUGCUCUUUUGCAACACGACAUGGAGAUGUGCAUUCUAUCAAUAUGUCGACAACAUGCAAGACAAGGUAAUUGCCAAGAAAAUAGCUGCAUAUCGCACCUCCAAGCUAAGGCAUGAACGAGGACGUGCAUCACAAAUUUCUUAAGUCGGUCAUUGCCUGUUAUAUUUUCCCUUAAUGAUCUACAUUUCUUAGGUUGUAAUUUCUUACAUGACCGAGUGGCACAUCUCAAGUUGAAAGUUGUGCAAAAAAAUUGUAUGUAACUUUAGGCUUCAGAAUGUGGGCAGUUGCACAUUUCUUAACCUAAAGCUGUGCACAGUUUCUAAAAUGUG